AAGUUGCCUCGAUUCUCAGAACAGUUACCGCCUCACCCUCGUCGAGUGAAGCAGAUAAAGAAGGCAAAACCCCCAGGAACACUCCCUUACACGGACCGCAGGAAGCCGAAACGUGCGCAGGAGCCCAAACCCCAAAUGGUGAGCGAUGGGAAGGAGCCGUUUCAAAACGAAACUCCAGUGGAAAUGAAGCUAACCGGUGUUUACGGCCUGCCGGUAAGUCUUCUUACGAGUCUCAAUAUGCGCGCGACCUCCUAG